AUGACCCACGCAAUGUAUAAAAGAACCCAGGCUGGAUGUGAGGAUGUUAUUCAAAAUGCUAUAGCUACCUGUCCUGUUCCAGCAAUCAUAUCAACAAAUUCAUUUAAAUCUUACUAUAGUGAACUUAAGACAAAAACUUCAAAAACUCAUAGUUUAAUCA